AGGCGGAGCGGCAGCGGCGGCAGCAGCAGCGGCGUUAGGGCCCGGCCCGGCGCGGGGCGGGGCCGCGGGGCGGGCCGGGGCGCACGCGCCGCCCGGUGCGGGGCGAUCGCGCCGCUUCGCUACAUUGUAUCCGCCGGCGGCGGAGAACAAUAGGCGCCGCCGCCGCCCCCGGGCCUGGGCGCCGCGGCCGCCCCCGCCCCCGCCGCGACCCCCGACACCCUUCAUGCGCUUCCCCUGCCCCGGGCGCGCCGGGCCUGGAACAGGACUGCCACUGUUGAGUCUGUGGGAAUAUGAAUCAGCAGCAGCAGAGAAUGGCUGCAGUUGGGACAGACAAAGAGCUCAGUGACCUGCUGGACUUCAGUAUGAUGUUUCCCUUGCCAGUGGCUAAUGGAAAAAACAGACCCACGACCCUUGCGAGCACUCAGUUUGGAGGAUCAGGCUUGGAUGAAAGGCCGGGAUCAGGUUCCUGGGGAACGGCAGAUCAAAACAGCUCCACGUUUGACCAAGGAAGGCAGAGCUAUGGCGAAGGCCCCCACUACGGCGAGCACCGGGAGCUGCCAUCCCACAACAGCAUCUCCUCGUCACCCUUCCUGGGAGCUGGACUCGUGGGGAAGAGCAGUGAAAGAGCCUCAUACUCCACGUUUGGAAGAGACACAGGGAUGCCAGGACUAAACCAGCCUGGUUUCCUGCCCAGCGAGAUGGGAAUCGCCAGCCCGAGCACUCUUUCCCCCACGGGGGGCAAAGGGGGGUCUCAGUAUUUUUCUUACCCCAACAAUCCUCGCAGGAGAGGUGCUGAGAGCAGCAUAGAUGGACAGCCCAAAAAGGUUCGGAAGGUGCCUCCUGGACUCCCCUCCUCGGUGUAUCCAUCCAACUCAGGUGAUGACUACAGCAGGGAUCCAGCUGGAUAUACUCCCUCAAAACCUCCCAGCACUGUGUAUCCUGGAGCCUUUUACAUGACAGAUGGACUCCAUAACUCACCAGACCUGUGGAGCUCCCCGGGUGCCAUGAGCCAGUCGAGUUACGGUGCCAUGCUGGGCAGCUCCUCCUCCCCGCUCCCGCAGUCCAGUGGCUUCAACAGUUUACACCAGCACGAACGCAUGAACUACCAGCUGCAUUCAGGAGAGGUGAACGGCGGGCUCCCCUCCGUGUCCGGCUUCUCCUCGGCCACCACGGCGUACGGAGUGUCCAGUCACACCCCCCCGAUCAGCGGCACCGACACCAUCAUGGGUAACAGAGGAACCACAGCCGGGAGCUCCGGAGACGCGCUUGGGAAGGCUCUGGCCUCGAUUUACUCCCCUGACCACUCUAGCAAUAACUUCUCCUCCAACCCCUCCACCCCGGUCGGGUCCCCGCAGGGCCUCGCAGGCUCGUCGCAGUGGCCGCGGGCGGGCGGAGCGGGUGCCUUAUCUCCCAGUUACGAAGGGAGUCUCCACACUUUGCAAAACAAAAUGGAAGACAGGUUGGAUGAAGCCAUCCACGUGCUGAGGAACCACGCCGUGGGCCAGACCUCUGCCAUGCCCAGCAACCACGGGGACAUGCACGGGCUGCUGGGCUCAGCACCAGCACACAGUGCUGCCGUGGGCAGCCUGGGCCAGGCCUUCCCCGCCUCAGUCAUGGCCCUGGGGAACAGGCACCCGAGUCUGGUGGGAGGAGGCCACCCUGAAGAUGGGUUGUCCAGCAACCCCAGCUUGCUCCACAACCAUGUCACACUUCCCUCACAGCCCAGCUCACUCCCGGACCUCAGCAGGCAGCAGGACACGUACAGUGGCUUGUCCGGAGGGCUGGGCCGGAGCAGUGUCUCCUCAGGAACGAGCGAAAUAAAGAGGGAAGAGAAGGAGGAUGAGGAGAACACAUCUGUGGCCGAUAACUCAGAAGAGGAGAAGAAGGAGCUGAAACCCUCCCGGAACAGAACAAGGUGCUCUUUGAACAGUCAAGAUGAGGAUGAGGAGGACGAUCUUCUUCCCCCAGAGCAAAAAGCCGAGAGAGAGAGAGAAAGGAGGGUCGCCAAUAAUGCCCGUGAGCGCCUGCGGGUUCGUGACAUCAACGAGGCCUUUAAGGAGCUCGGACGCAUGUGCCAACUGCACCUAAACAGCGAAAAACCGCAGACCAAACUGCUAAUCCUACACCAGGCCGUAUCAGUCAUACUGAACCUGGAGCAACAAGUUAGAGAGCGCAAUCUGAACCCAAAAGCGGCCUGCUUGAAGCGUCGGGAAGAGGAGAAAGUGUCCGGAGUGGUUGGAGACCCCCAGAUGACACUGUCAGCUUCACAUCCUGGUCUAGGAGACGGUCACAACCCUGUUGGACACAUGUAAAGAUCUUUUUGUUCCUCUGGAUACGGAGAUUUGUAGGAAGAAAACCCUCGGUGUGACCUGCAACCCUGUUGAACCAUGAACUGUAGUACUGCUCAUACUGACACACGCAGAUGGAUCCUGGCGUGACGUAAGGGGUGGAAAAAACACUUUGUCAGAAACAAAACAGAAACAAAAAAUUGCCUUAAGUAUAAAGUGCAGAACAGUCAAUACAUAUCACUCAGUUAGGAGGGGGUGGCGUGUUCUCUUGGCUUGUUCACAAGCAGCCAGCAGCAAAAUUGUGCCUAAGCUUGAUAUUUCUUUUUUAAAAAAAAAGAACAUUAGUUAUGAGAUUUUUUAUGUAGAACAAAUAGCAAUGCCUUUUGGUUUUUUUAGCUUCUUUUGCAUAUGUUUUGUAAGCAACAAAAAAAUUUUUUUUUGUAUAAAAACAUGUCUUGUACCCUCCGCUUUUCUGCUGCUGUUUCUAUAGUUAAUGUUGCAUCUUUAGGAUCAACCAGAAUAUUAAAAUUGUAUUAAGAGAGACUGGAUAUAAAGAGAGGAAUUCUCAGAUUCGGCUCAGAAAGCCACUAAAAGCGAAUGUAGCCACAGUGAGGGAAUGUUCUUCCUUGCCUGGCUUGUACCUUCCAUGACAAAAAACAAACUCAUGUGCUGAAUUCACCAUCUUUUCUUCGGCCACAUUUGGGAAAAGGAAGUCAAACAGCAGAGCUCGUGGCAGCAGCGCUCCCGCUGCCCUGGGCAGUGACUGAGGUGCUCGGCGAGGUUUGCUCUGGUUCCCGAGGCCCCACGGGGGACAGGAGCAGCCCACGUCCUGUGGGGAGGACGAGCUGCUGGGAGAGAGAAGAAGGGACUGAGGCGCUUCCAGGUGAGCAGAGCAGCAGGGGAUGCACGAGGGAAGCAGAACAGGCUGGAGCUGCCAGAGCAGCACUUCCAGGAGCAGCGCUGAACAAAGACCAAGUGAACAAAGCUGGAGCACAGCACGGAGCAGCAGUGGGGUGAGGAAACCAGGCAGCAGCAGGAGAGGAGCCACGAGCAGCAGCAGGAUCCCUUCGUGCACUGUUGGAAAUGCAAAAUGCUGGCUCGGGGAGAGGGGUGGCUUCACACCCCGCUGUCACCUGCUGUCACAUCUCCCAGGCAUCCUUGGAGGCAGACUGAGCUCAGCACUGCGCUGUGGGAUGUGAGUGGUCACCGUCACCUGCACGUGGGCUCCUCUCUUGGCACGGGCAGCAGGAGCUCCUGUCCGUGCGUCCAGCACGCAAACUGGGCCAACUGUCCCUUCACUCCAAGGGAUUUCCAGUCACUCCAGACCACUCUGGUGUGCCCAGCAGGAGGAGGAUCCCUGGCAGCCCCUCUGGGUGCCCUGGAGGUGUGGAGCAAACAAAGAGGUACUGGGCAGUGCUGAGCUGCAGCAGCCGGUCUGGAGAUGGCCAUGGAAAAACAUCCACCAGGAAUUUGCUCUUGUUUUUUCCCUCUCCUUCCCCUUGUGAAAUAUUUUGUGCCUGGUUCUUCCCAGUUCUGCAGAGCCCAGUCAGGCAGGAUGGUGCACGAGACAUGGCUACAGGUCUGGGGGAAUGUGGGGAGCUCCCCUCUCCCCUGCAGGCUCCAUCUCUCCCUGUGCUGCUCCAGCCUGCGCUCCUGGGGAAGCUGUGUUGCUUUGGCACCGGGAAAGGGAGGGGCUGGCAAACAGGAUUAGGUCCUGUGGCACUUCCCAGCCACCCCAGGCUCUUGGCAUAACCUGGUGCUCCUCCACGUGCUUUGUGCUCUGGCAAACCCUGCUGGAAGUGCUCAGGGCAGUGCUUUUCUCCACGUGGGCACUGUGGCCUUGGCCCCUGUGGCAGCUCCAGGCUGAGCCACUCCGAGUGCCAGGGCAGGAUGGGACUGCCCCUGCUGCCCCUGGCCCUGCCCUGGGGCUCCCCAUCAUCCAACCAUCACUCUGGAGCUUUUGGGUGCUCCUGCCUUUCCCCAGCUUGCUGCUCCCACCAUUCCUUCUGCAUGGUGAGAGCUCAGCAGCCCCAGCUCUGUCCCUGGAAAGGGCAGGAAACUCAGUGGUUCCACAGGUGCUUCUUGCCUGUGUCAACAGACACAUUUUAGUCUAAUCAGCUCGUCAGGGUUUGCCACUUCCAUCCCUGGGGCUAUUCUGGGUGCUGAGGCAGUGGACAGGGAGAUGGACGAGGUUUUCCUCCAUGUGUGACAGCCUUGACUCCCAUUUGUGCUCUGGAGUUAAAAUUGGAGGCCUCAUCAUCUGCUUUUUGUCUCAUCCAUGAGAGUUCCUGCUCUGUUGGUGAGAGUCUGGGGCUGCAAAGUACCCACUGCUCAGGGAUUUUGGCUGGCUCAGUGCCCCUGUCCCAGGGCAGGAGGGAUGGAGCAGUGUCCCAGCUCUGGAAAGCUUGAAACCCGACAAAAAAUAUUUUAAAGUGGUUCACAAACCCUUUGAUUUUGCCCCAAUAAUUGGAGGUGGCAGUAAUGGACAACUGGACUUAAAGGGGCUAGUCAA